GCCCUCUCAGUCAACUGCACAACCCUUUGCGCCCACCCGCGCCGGCGGCUCUACUUUGCCGCCACCAACAAGCACCGAACCUGGUUUCGAAUCCCCCCCCCAUCGUCACCUCCUACCCAUCCACAAUGGCGAAUCCACGAGACAAGGCCAGAGCGAGCUGGAGUGAUGCCCAGAAAAUCCGCCCAGACAUAACGGGCAAGCUCUCGAGCCUGAAGAAGGAGCGUGGCAAUACGAACACUACAUCCCGUUUCGAAGAAGUUGAGCAGACCAUGGCCGAAUUCCGUUUGGCUUGCAUGAAUGUCAUCGCAUAUGACUUUGAAUAUGCCGUCGACAAAAAUGUCGAGCAUUUUCUGUGGCAGGCUCACACAUAUCUCAAUGGCGAGUACCGAAAAGUCAUGAGCCGCCUCAUGGCGCAGAAUCAGGUCGUGGUGAGACGGAAGCUGGAAAAGCAGUACCGCGGGUUCCUGAGAACCUCCCAGUCUUUUUAUCGAGUUUACAUACAACAGCUGUCUGGACGCUUCUACAUUCCGGAGCUCCACCAGGUCGCCCAUGGUACCGAUCUCGAGUCCGCCGUGGCUCCUACACCCGACGCGACGCCUCCGUCGCGGCUUCGCGCCCUGAUCCUGAAGUCGUGCCAGAUUACUCUGGUGCACCUCGGCGACCUAGUCAGAUACCGGUGUCAGAUGUCCGAGAAGCUUUCGAACUCGAACACGAACUUCGACAAGGCGCUCGAGUAUUACGGUCUAGCGAACACCAUCGACCCCGACGAUGGCUCUGCUCAUCACCAACUAGCCGUCUUAUACCAGCUUCAGGGCCGGCAUCUCGACAUCGUGUACCAUUUCCACCGUGCUAUCUGCAUUGCGAAACCGCACGAGUUAGCCCUCGGUAACCUGGAGCGGGAGUACAAGGGGCUGGAGAACCCUCUCUCCAACCGGCGCGGUGUCGCCAAAGACCCAUGCGAGACGAUGAUUACUUGGUUUGUCCGGCUGCAUGCCUUCUUCUUCCAGGGGGAGCAGUUUUCUCAGCAGUCCGAGCUAGAGGAGGAAGUGCUGCACCGCGUAGAGAUGGCGAUGAAGUCCGAUGCCGACGAGGCCACCCUGCGCAAGAUGAUCUUUGUCAACAUCGCCGCUUAUGACGUGGCGACAAGCAAAGUGAACUCGGCUUGGACCCUUCAAGGAUCGCAAUCUUGCCAAUUUGUCCUGCGAUUCAACAUUCGCACAAUAUUGAUUCUCCUCCGUCUGCUGAAGACCAAAAUCUUGGAGGAGUCUGCGACAUCCUCCGCUUCGGACCACGAAGGGGAGGUGGGCGAGGAGGCCGAAAGUGUUAUUUGCUUCAGCCCUAUCUUGAUGAAGCUGCUCCCUCUCCUCCGCCUCUAUAUCUCAUGGAUAUACGUCGCCCGGGCCGACGUCAUCAAGUAUCAGGCAUAUCUCGGGCCGUACGUUAGGGAUGUGUAUAGGUUCCUGGCUGAUACUCUGACUCUGCUCAAUUCAACCAUUGGCCAGGCCGCCGCUACGACAUCGUCCAAAUACCUGCUACCGGAAGAUACGGAAGCGCUGGGCCUCCGACCAUUGGGCGAUCGAGAUCUGCCGCUAUUUCUACAGGUGAAAGACGUGCGGAGCGCAAGCCAAUCCAAGAAGCAUAAGGCUCCCAAGCCUCGCCAGAGGGCAUUCGGCCGACAGUACAAGCCUCGCACGGAAGCAAUCUGGCGCGUGAGAGACAUCGCAUACUGCGGCAUCCUGUUGGCCGGGAGUCCAAAUUUCCCGGUGGACCUGACCCUUAGACAGCAUGAGGGACGAGAAGUCGAAUGUUGGACUUUCACCGAAGAAUCUACUCCACCGGCCUCCAUGGAUGAAGCCGGUUUAUCGCGCAUGCUGGAAAAGCUAAAAUUUGGCCGCACGAAAGCCAAACCAGAUAGCCCGACGCAUGAGGAGCUGGACGCAACGCCAUUCGGUAACGAUUCGGUGGAUGCGCCACCGUCUUUGUUCGGCGAUGACGACGGCGAUGAGGGUGGUGAUGGUGCGAGUCCCGAGCUAUCGGAUCGAUUGGACAAGGGAAAGUCCACCGAAAAGAAGCCGCCGCCGCCGCCUGAUUCACUACUUGACACAGAUCUGAGUGGAGAUAGAGAUAUGAUCAACAUGGUCAAUAAACUGGUGGAUCCAAUCGAGGAUGUCCGCCCUCAAUCGAGUCGGACUCAGACGGAUACGACCUACGGCAUGGAUACGAGUAUGGCGAAUGACAUAUUCGGACGGUUUAUGACGGGCUCAACGCAGCCAUCCCCCGCCGCAUCCAAGACUAUUCCCAAUCUUCCGUGGGAUUAUUUCUAUACGCCAACUCCGCACCGUUCUAGUAACAGCCAAGGAGACAACCAAUUGUCGCCUGACGGUAAUCACAUACCUAGGAGCGCCAACGUCCAACUGGACGGUUUCGGAUCGUCUUCCUACUUGAGUGAUCUCAGUACGCCUGCUCAACGGGCUCUUGUCUCGGCUAUGGACCAGAUACCGGCACAUCACAAUGGCAGAGAGUUCAUUGCACAUAAUUCGCCAAGGCUACCUCAGGGAAUGCCAGACGCCAAUAGUCGGCAGGGUAGAGGUGUGCCUGAUUCGCUGGAAGCAUCGCGAAGUGCCGUCCUCGACAGUUUGAAUUCGGCUUUAAACGCCCAGCACGGAUCGGCUCCGAAUAAGACGAGGCAGUCUAAUAGUUUGGCGAGCCACGCUAAGCCGCAGAGGUCGAUUUCGGGAACUUCUAGUUCGCCAUUCCUCUCGGAUGUCAACUCGCCUCAGUUGUAUAAUGCCGGGGAUAGCCUCGGUUCUGGCUAUGCGGAACGCCCGGCCAGUCAACGUGCCACCGCUGUAAGCUCGCAAAGCCCUUCUGGUCUAGGCACAGUAGGACAAUCACCUCGAAAGCGUGACACCUUUCAGGAUACCCGCAGCCGAUUCCAGAACGUAUCGAGCCCGGCGGGUUACGAGUCUGGCUACGCCGCACCCGGAAACCCAAGCUCGCAGGGCGGCGCCGCGAACGGCCGCACAGCGCCAGGCGCGUUCCAGCAACAGUACCCCAGCUGGCUAGGGGAACAAGCCGCGAGGGGGAGCUCUUCUCUCCCCUUCUCGCAUCCGAGCAGCCUGUUCGCCGGCACCCCGACGGUCCCUCCCAGCGGCCCCCCCAACCCCGUCUUCUCCAACGGUAACUACUAUAACGCCAGCACCCCGUUCGGCUGGCUAGGCGACGGCGCCAACACCCGAGACGAUCCCACGCAUUUCCGAAGUCAGCUCAAAACCACUAUAGGACACACUGCCGAUUCUUAUGACAAGAAGAUUCUGCAGGCUGCGCUCCUCGACGACAACAAGAAGCAGCGCCCCAAGUGAGACGCGAAAUCUAUCUCGCGUGAGGCCUUGACCGGCUCCACGGCGCCGCUAACUACGGACGGGCUGCAAAAGGGGCUGCGCCGUCCGAUCACCGACAGCUCUCUCCCACACGAUUCCACUCUUCUCUCCCUCUCUAUCAUCCGGAUCCUCUACGAGUCACGCGCGCAAGAGGGCAAUCGUU